GCCUAAGCACACAUGCGCAAUGUGCGUCUUCUUCACUGCCACAUUCCCCGCCUGAGCCCUAAACUGAAACGAACUGGCCCUAGAUUUUUAUUCGUGCUCAAUUAGGGCGAAAAUACGUUCAUCGUAUUUAUAGGCUAAACACAUUCGUGUAAUUGAUAAGAUUUCUUCCUGAAGGAAGAAAAGUCAGCCGAGCAAAUACAUUUUAACAUUGGGCCUUACCGCUGGUUGUCCCACGUGCUUUCACGAACCAAUCCCACUCGGCUCCAUCACUAUCACCAUGGCAACAGAGGAGAAGAAACCAGAAACUGAGGCCACUAAAACGUCAUCUGCAUCUGCCAGCCAGAGUAAGUCGGCACCAGUCAAGCCCAACUACACCCUGAAAUUCACCUUAGCCGGCCACACAAAAGCAGUUUCGUCUGUCAAGUUCAGUCCCAGUGGAGAGUGGCUCGCCAGUUCAUCUGCUGACAAACUGAUAAAAAUUUGGGGAGCCUACGAUGGAAAGUUUGAGAAAACAAUAUCGGGACACAAACUUGGGAUCUCAGAUGUCGCCUGGUCCUCAGACUCCAACCUCCUGGUUUCAGCAUCUGACGACAAGACUCUAAAGAUCUGGGACGUCAGCUCGGGGAAAUGUUUGAAGACAUUGAAAGGCCACAGCAACUAUGUCUUCUGCUGCAACUUUAAUCCCCAGUCCAAUCUCAUCGUGUCUGGAUCAUUUGACGAGAGUGUGCGGAUAUGGGAUGUUAAAACCGGUAAAUGCUUGAAGACCCUGCCGGCCCACUCUGACCCAGUCUCUGCAGUCCAUUUCAACAGAGAUGGCUCAUUGAUUGUGUCUAGCAGCUACGAUGGCCUCUGCCGAAUCUGGGACACAGCAUCGGGACAAUGUCUGAAAACACUAAUUGAUGAUGACAACCCCCCGGUGUCAUUUGUGAAGUUCUCACCAAACGGCAAAUACAUUCUGGCUGCCACAUUGGACAACACCCUGAAGCUUUGGGACUACAGCAAAGGAAAGUGCUUGAAAACAUACACCGGCCACAAAAACGAAAAGUACUGCAUAUUUGCAAAUUUCUCUGUCACCGGUGGAAAGUGGAUUGUCUCUGGCUCGGAGGACAACAUGGUGUACAUCUGGAACCUGCAGACCAAGGAGAUCGUACAGAAACUACAGGGUCAUACAGAUGUGGUGAUUUCUACUGCCUGCCACCCCACAGAGAACAUCAUUGCGUCUGCGGCGCUAGAAAACGACAAAACCAUCAAACUGUGGAGGAGCGACUGCUAAGCACCCGUGCGUGCUUAUUGUAUUUUCAUUUUAUUGUACUUUUCAUUUGACUGUUUUUAGCUGGACCCGAAUGCCUUGAGGACUGAGCCUCAACUAGAAGAAGAAAAGGAACGCAAGUCCAGAACAUCACCACAACCACACACCUACCCUUCACCCAGAACCAGAGCAAACCCCAACUCAACCGCCACAACCCUCUGCUUGGUCUUGCUUGUGCCCUUACAUGCUCUACUAUCUCUGCCUUACUCUUACUGUGAGCUGGCUGUUUGUGUUUCAUCAAUUGGAAUAUGAGAAUCACCCUUUGUCAUUCAUGAGGAAAAUGGUCACAUGGUAUCUUAUGCUUUUACUCUCUAUGUGUAGGUGUCUUAGUAUUGAUACACGCUUUGUUUUUGCCAGAUUGGAUUGGCCUCAAGUAAGUUCUCCUAUUCACCAUGUAAGGUGUUUUUUCUUCAGACUAACAGGCUGCUUCACUGUUUUUGUGUCUGACAUUUCACUUUUAACAACUGUAAGUCUCAUUGAAAUGCAGUAGAUCAGUAGCCUGGUCACAGAUCUGUUUGUCAUACCAAACAUGUUGGUGACAUGAUAGCACAAACAGAUCUGUGACCAGGCUAAUGGAUAAGUGGUAACUGUCAUACUUCCAAUACUUGUAAUUAAACAGUCCGUAUGAAGAGGUGUUGAAACAAAGCUUCAUACAGGGGAGAGCUUGAGGUUCAUUUUUGUUUUGUUGGAUUUAUCAUAAAACAAUAUUCAAAGCUCAGAAUGCAUUGAAGGGGUUAAAUACAUUUUUUGACAAAUGGGCGAGUUUUACUGGCCCUCGCAGGGGAAUUUCCAUAGCGUGUCGAGUUUAAUUAGACAUUCAAUCGAUUUCAACAAGGAGUUUAGUUUUGUCAGCAGUUUCUCAACCACUUCUCUACAAGUCAUUCACCUAACAGUUUCUCUAGUUUAGUAUCGACACUAUGCUCGGACACAGCGAGCGCUGCCUUGUUCUGAACUCCUACAUUUUACUCGGUGUAUUCUGAUUCUGUAUAAUACAUUGUUGGUGCUCAACUGAUCCCUCUAGAAUUCACAGGUGUAAACGGUGGGUUGAGAAGUCAAUCGACGAGCCUACAUUGAAGGGGCUCUUGCCUGUACUGUCAGUGCAUUUUACUGGUCUCAACUCAAUCCUUAUAUUCAAAGUAAUGUCAAUUGUGAGGAAAGAAAUGAACUCCGAGGCUGUUUUUCAUUUGGAUUAUUAUUUUCGAGAUGCGUCCAGUCCAUUGCCUUGCACUGUUCUUAUGUUGGCCCUGACUCGGUGUCUGGCUGUCAUUACGUUAACACAGCCUGGUUUAGAUUUCAAAGCACAGUGACCAAAUGCAAGUAUUUUUGUGCUCCACAUUCUGUACAUAUUGCUACAUCAACAUAUGUGUUGUUAAGACGAGCAAUAUUUGUGGCUGUCUUUCUGUGUCGUUCUUGUUUAACUGUCUUGAUAGCUAGUAGUUCAAUACAACAUGGACUUGUUUUCCUGCUCUCCCUUCUGGAUGUUCAUUGCACUGCAGUGGUAUCAAGGACUGCAUGAAAUUCUGUGUCUGCAUUUAGUCAAUCUGGAUUUUGUGAAUUUGCAUUUGACAGCUAUACCUUGUGAAUUAAUAAAGAGCAUUUUUUAAGAUGUUAAA